AUGGGAGAGGAUAAAGAUCGGCGACGCAGAUCCCGUUCAAGAGAACGAAGACGAACAAGAUCUAGAUCAAGAGACCGAAGAGAGAAGAGAAGAAGUAAAUCCAGAUCACCCUCUAAACGAUCCCGCCGUCGCAAGCCAUCACUGUACUGGGAUGUGCCGCCGCCCGGUUUUGAACAUAUUACUCCGUUACAAUACAAAGCCAUGCAGGCUGCCGGUCAAAUCCCAGCAAAUAUAGUUGCGGAUACCCCACAAGCAGCAGUACCUGUCGUCGGGUCGACUAUAACGAGACAAGCGCGACGAUUGUACGUCGGAAACAUACCAUUUGGAGUGACUGAAGAAGAAACAAUGGAAUUUUUCAACCAGCAAAUGCAUCUAUCGGGAUUAGCUCAGGCAGCAGGCAAUCCUGUUUUGGCUUGUCAAAUCAAUUUGGACAAAAACUUUGCAUUCCUCGAAUUCAGAUCCAUUGAUGAGACUACACAAGCCAUGGCUUUUGAUGGUAUAAAUUUCAAGGGCCAAAGUUUGAAGAUUCGACGACCUCAUGAUUAUCAACCUAUGCCUGGUACAGAAAAUCCUGCUAUUAAUGUGCCGGCUGGUGUCAUAAGUACGGUUGUACCAGAUUCACCUCAUAAAAUAUUUAUUGGUGGUCUGCCCAACUAUCUUAACGAAGAUCAAGUUAAAGAACUCCUGAUGUCAUUUGGUCAGCUUCGUGCUUUCAAUUUAGUGAAAGACUCCUCUACUGGUCUCAGCAAGGGCUAUGCAUUUGCUGAGUAUGUGGAUAUUUCCAUGACGGAUCAGGCAAUUGCUGGAUUAAAUGGAAUGCAGUUGGGUGAUAAGAAGCUGAUUGUUCAACGAGCCAGUAUUGGAGCUAAGAAUUCUACAUUAGCUAUGACAGGUGCAGCACCAGUGACCCUGCAAGUAGCCGGUCUGACUUUGGCUGGGGCUGGCCCAGCCACUGAAGUACUGUGUCUCCUGAAUAUGGUCACACCAGAUGAGCUCCGUGAUGAAGAGGAAUAUGAGGACAUUCUCGAAGAUAUUAAGGAGGAGUGCAAUAAGUAUGGAUGUGUGCGCAGCAUUGAAAUACCCAGACCACUUGAGGGUGUUGACGUUCCAGGUUGUGGAAAGGUAUUUGUUGAGUUCAACAGUAUUGCUGAUUGUCAAAAAGCGCAGCAAACGCUUACUGGUCGAAAAUUCAGUAAUCGUGUAGUUGUCACAUCGUACUACGACCCUGACAAGUAUCAUCGCCGAGAAUUU